CCCUAGUGGAUGAGGGUGGAACUGCAAUUUUUGGUACUUCCGGGUUGGGCCCAAUUUUAGAGCCGCAUUGUGGGGGCUUGGUUAGAACCCUGCAAAGACAAAUGCAGCUGGAACCAGGUGUGUUAGGAGAGGUGUGUGACAUGCUCAGUUUGAAGGUUAAAAUCUGACAGAGAUGGAAAGAGAGUGUGUGCUUACUCUGGAUGAGAUGGCAAUCACUCCAGGCGUGCAUCACUCCAUCACAGACCCAACUGGGUUUUGCCACCACUAGGGGUUGUAUGAACUAGUCGACUAGUCAACUUCACGGCUCUGUGGUGACUUUUUAUGCCUGUCAUCGACUAGUCGCUGUCACGUGAUAAUGACUGACAAGAUGCAGUCCUCCAGCAGGUGAUGAGCCCCUGCUCGUCGGGAGGCGGAGGCGACGCGCUGUGCCAGAGCGUUGGUACUGACACCGGCGGUAAAACGGACAUUUAACCAAAUUGUGACCUUUUCCCUCUUGCAAUUUAACCUUCCCCUCACCCCCAUCCUAACCUUAACCAGUUUGCACAUGCAAAGCUCUGAUCGUUGACACGCUUCAGACAUCUGCGUCCUGAGCACGGCCAAAUCAGGUGUCACCACCUCAAAAACAAAUUAAACACGCGAUCGUUCAUGUCGGCUCAUUUCCUUUUAUGUUUUCUGUCUGUUAUUUGUGCCUGAUGUGUUUCGCUGCUGCGGAGCGAGGCGCAUCACCUGCCACCUGGCAUCCACUAUCUCCGCUCCGCUCCGGCACGAGCUCCGCAGCAAAAACGGUCCCGUUGUAGUCGGCCAGCGAGCAGCGGCACUCCGCUGUUUUUGCGGUCGGUAGAUCUUUUAGAACUGCAGUUUUUUUUAAUCUUUUAUUUCAUUCACAAUGUAUAAAAUAAACACAAACAAAUACAACAUACAUUAACAUAUUGGGAAAAAACAUUUGAAUGAAAAGGAGCAGAUAGAAGAAAAAAUCUUAUGAUUUUUGCCCCUUUUUACGAAAUAAAAUUAUCCGCCAAACAAACACAGUGUAACCUCAGUCACUUUCUAAUAUUUUCAUGUCUAAUCUUUGACAUUAUAAUUCUCCUUUUCAUAAUUACUAAAUACAUUAGAUUUUAUACAUUUUUUAAAUAUAGCAAGUGUAGUUGAUUCUUUAAAUUCCUUGUUAAUGGCGUUCCACAAUCUUACACCAUUUACACAAAUGUUACAUUCCCUCACUUUGGUUCUGAAUCUAGGUUUCUUAAAGACAUCAGUUCCUCUUAACAUGUACCCACUUACUCUCUUAUGAAACAUUUUCUGAAUAUUAGUUGGUAGAUUACUCGUAUUCGCUCUGUACAUUAUUUGCAAUAUUUUCCACUCUACCAAGUCAGGAAAUUUCAGUAUUUUGUAUCUAAUGAAUAAUUGAUUAGUGUGAUCUCUAUAGUUACUGUUAUUAAUGAUUCUCAAUGCUCUUUUUUGCAAAAUGAACAAUGGUUGUGUAAAAGUUUUGCAAGUGGCUCCCCAAAUUUCUAAACAAUAAAAUAAAUAUGGUUCAAUCAGUGAGUGAUACAAUGUUAACAACCCCGACAAGUUUAGUAGAAACUUGACUCUAUAUAAUACCCCUAUGGCUUUGGCGAUUUUCCCCUUUAUAUAACCUACAUGUGAUUUCCACGUGAGACUCUCAUCGAACAUGACUCCAAGAAAUUUGGUUUCUUUAACCCUUUGAAUUUCCAUUCCAUCUAUCAUUAAAGAGACAUCACAGCUUCUUCUGUUAUUAAACAGUAUAUAGUUUGUUUUGUUCAGGUUCAGUGACGGUCUAUUUAUAUCAGACCAUUUUUUAACUUUAAUCAAUUCACUGUUUAUCACUUGAGUUACUUCAUGUAUAUUUAAUCCUGAAUAAAACAAUGUAGUAUCAUCCGCAAAUAAAACUGUGCCAAGUAAAUUCGACACAUUUACCAGGUCAUUAAUAAACAAUAUGAACAGUUUAGGUCCGAGGACUGACCCUUGUGGCACACCAUAAUAAAUAUCAUUUAAUUCAGAUUUAGCAUUAUUUAUUUGAACAAACUGUUUUCUAUUGCCUAAAUAACUAUUAACCCAUUGAUGCGCCACCCCUCUUAUUCCAUACCGGUGUAAUUUAAGAAGUAACCUUGAAUGAUCAAUGACAUCAAAUGCCUUUUUUAAGUCAAUUAAAACACUAAUGAAAUGGUUUUUAUUGUCAAUUGCUGAUGAAAUUGUAUCUACUAAAUCCAUAACUGCCAUUGCUGUUGAAUGUUUGGUCCUAAAGCCAUACUGUUCAUGAUUUAAAAUUGAAUUUUCGUCAAUGAAUUUGUCCAACCUUAAUGCAAACACUUUUUCUAAUAUUUUGGAGAACUGUGGAAGCAGUGACACUGGCCUGUAAUAAGUGAAACUCUGUUCAUCACCACUCUUAAAUAAUGGAACCACCUUGGCAAUUUUCAUUAAAUCAGGGAAGACUCCUGUAGAUAGUGACAGAUUACAGAUGUAAGUGAAUGGUUCAAUAACAGAUUCAAUUAUAGCUUUUACAGUCACCAUGUCCAGAUCAUCACAAUCAGUGGAUCUUUUGCUUCCCCAGUUUUUUACAGUGUUUCUUAUUUCUUGUUGAUCUACUUUGUCAAGCAGAAUACUUUUGACAUUUCUAGGUAUUGUAUUCAUUGUAUCGUGAAUUAUUGGUUUGCUUUCCACCAGACUCCUUCCUACAUUUAUAAAAAAAAAUCAUUGAAUUCAUUAGAAAUUUCUUUAACUUCAUAAAUGUCUUUAUUGUCCUUUACAAAGUAGUUUGGGAGUCUUGCAUUUGUAUUAUCUCUGUUAAUCACAUUAUUUAUUAUUCCCCAUGUAGUCUUGAUGUUUUCUUUGUUCUUAUUCAAUAGCUCACCAUAGUACUCUUUCUUCUGUUUUCUAAUUAUUGUUACUAAUUUAUUUUUAUAUUUUUUAUAUCUGUCUUCGGCUUCCUUUGUUUGUAACUUUAAGAAUCUCAUAUACAGACUAUUUUUUUUGGCACAUGCAUUUUUAAUUCCAUUAGUCAUCCAUGGUUGGUUGUCCCUUUUACCUGUUAUUUUAAUUAAUUUACAACUACUGUUAAACGAUUUCAGCAGUAUUUUCAUGAAGGAUGUAUAUGCAUUGUUCACAUCACUGACAUAGACUUCCGUCCAGUUCUGCAUUUUAAGAUCUUUAUUUAGGUCCUCCAGGGCUUUAACUGAUUUAUUUCUUUUAUAAUUAAUAAAAUUAGGUUUUAUGAUA